AUGCGAAAGCUGCAUCUUCUAGCUCGAUCGGAUCUGGGAUUCGUGGACGAACCAAACGGGCAGCGGGGUUUGACUCCAGCGGCUGUUCCCGUUUGGCCACCGGCGACCACGCCGCCCUCAGCCCUCGUCGCCCACACCGCCACCAUCACCCACCUGUGCGCCCCACCAGCGUCGCCGACCACCACCGCCCCGGCGAGCCAGCGAACAGGAGAGGAAAUGAAGGAGAUGGGAGAGGGGCACCGUGCUUUGGCGAGCCAGCCGCUGCUCCGACAAGCCAGCGACUGGGCUCCGGCGACCCGGCAACGGGGCUCCGGCGAGCAAGCCCGGCAAGGUAGAGGCGGUGGGGCACAGAAGCCGGGCCUGUUUGUCCACCCUGUCUUUGCUGCCGAUGCAGCUGUGGUCCACGAUGAAUGAUUGUACAUUCCAGCAGUUUUGCCGGGAUUACCGUUUUGGAGAAAGCCGAUGACACUCUUCUCUUUUUACACUAUUUUCGCCACUGUUGUUUCAAGGAAUUCCCAUAUAUAUAUGUAUAUACUCGGUUGCAUCGUAGCAAAACAAUAAACUGUUGUAACGAUUAA